AUGUCUUCGUCAACAACACCCACCACUUCACCACCACAAGGACAACGCUGCCGCAUCCGCGAGCUCCUGCCCAACCUCUAUCUCGGCCGCCACCCCACAGGACCCAAGAACUCGCUCACAGAUGUGCCGGGGGUGCUCUGCCACACGCAGUCGAUCGUCAAGCCGGCGACGGACACGCACGGGGCCAUCAACACCGGAGUGACGGCGAUCCUGCCGCGACGCGACUUCUUCCACCAGGCGUGCCACGCGGGCAUCUUCCGGCUGAACGGGUCGGGCGAGCUGACGGGCUCGCACUGGAUCGAGGAGACGGGCCUGCUGCACUCGCCCAUCGUCCUGACCAACAGCUUCGCCGUGGGGGCGGCGUACCAGGGCAUCUACGAGUACUGCAUCCCGCGGCACCGCAACGCCGAGAGCGGGGCGGCCGACUGGUUCCUGCUGCCCGUCGUGGGCGAGACGUUCGACGGCAUCCUGCACGACAUCGCCGCGCUGCCCGUCACGCCCGCCCACAUCGUCGCCGCGCUCGAGGCCGUGACCGACGAGGCCGUGCCCGAGGGCAACACGGGCGGCGGCACCGGCAUGAUCUGCCACUGGUUCAAGGGCGGCACGGGCAGCGCGUCGCGCGUCGUGCCGGCCGACAGCAGCGCGCAGAGAGAAAGCUACACCGUCGCCGCCCUGGUGCAGGCCAACUACGGCGCCAUGCGCGACCUGCGCAUCGGCGGCGCGCCCAUCGGCCGCUUAAUCGACGGCGAGCUGGCCGAGGCGGCAAAGGACCUGCCCGCCGACGCGUCCGUCGCCGAAAAGCUGGCGGCGCUGGGGCGGGUGGCGGCGGAGAAAGAGAAGAAGGACGGCAGCAUCAUCGUGGUGCUGGCGACGGACGCGCCGCUGCACCCGCUGCAGUGCCAGCGGCUGGCCAAACGCGCGACCAUGGGCCUGGCGCGCGUUGGCGGCAACGCUCACAACCCCUCGGGCGACAUCUUCCUCGCCUUCAGCACCGCGAACAAGAUUCCUGUGCAGGACGAGGCCGACCGGUGGAAGACCAAGCCGCUGAGCAUCGAGGUGGUGGACGAUCAGACGAUUAAUUCCCUGUUCGAGGCCACGGCGGAUGCGGUUGAGGAGGCCAUCUUGAACGCUUUGUGCAUGGCCGAGACGAUGACGGGGCUGGGAGGGCUGAAGGUGGAGGCGUUGCCGCUGGAGAAGGUCAAGCAGAUGAUGGAGAAGUAUUUGUGA